AUGGUUCCCGACACGGACGACACGGGCGGCACCUCUACUACUGCUACAUGCAGUAGUCGUAGAGCAGGAGCUGAUCCGAGUCGCACCUCAAAUGCUACUACUACUAGCAGUCGUGCGGCUCGGAUCAGCUCUUGUUCUACGACUGCCAGACCCCACUCUAAGUCAUUCCGCCCUACUAGCAGCGGCGCGGACGCGGUGAACUUGACGCCGCCCCUUCCCCACACCGGCGGACGCGCGUACGCCGCCGUGGAUGCCGCUAGCAGCAGUAUCAGUCGAUCUGCCUCCUACGGUGCUUCAUCGCCGCGUUCUCGCACCGCGGAACGCCUCAGCACCGAUUUUGCCGCGGUGACGCCUUCCGCCGCCGCGCGCAGCCCGCACGCGGAAGUUGUUCGGCGGAAAGCCGCGCCGUCGUUCGAGAUGGACGCGGAGUGGCGCGACGAUGCGGCGGCGGCGGCUUCCGCGAAGCCUGCGCUUAGCGGAUGCUCAGCUGCAGAAGGCGCAAGCGUUAAGCAAGGCGGAGGCGACGAGGGCGCAAGAGCAAUCUCAGGCGGCAAAGGCGCAAAGACUCGGAAGUCAGUCGCGGAAAGCAGCGCCCCCCCUGAAAGCAGCGCCACCGCAGAAAGCAGCGCCACCGCCGGUCACUCGCCUGAUGACAGCGCUGGCGUGUACGUCGGCCGGUGUUUCCCCCGCCUCUUGCACAGCGGGCCGCGAGCGGAAACUCUUACGGGUGGGCGGAAGAUACGCGCCGGAGGUUCCGCCACAAGUGUUCCGCCUGUGCGCGGGGCUUCCGCCGACCGUUUCCGUUUCCUCCGCUCCCGGUCGACGUCGCACUUGGAUGAGAGAAGAGGGGGAGGGGGAGGGGGAGGGGGAGGAGGAGGAGGGGAGCUUUCAUUAUUCGAAGGGGCGGGUGUUGAAGCAGCAGCAACAGCAGCAGCAUCUCAGCAAAAGCAGGAACCCUCUUCUCCUGCCAACAUCUCUUCAGCCUCUCCUCCUCUUGCCGCCGUGGCAUCUUCACCUCGCCAUCCGCCCCAUCCGCCUGUUGAUGCGUCCCAUUCGCCCCAUCCACCCUCGUCGCAUUCACCUCGACUCGCGCCCUCCCCUCGAUCUCGACUGAGUUGUCACCUCGUCCCCUCUCCUCGACUAGCUCGCCUCCUCUUCACCUCCUCACCUCCCCAUCGCGCCCUCGGUCCGCCGCCUUCGCACAAUUGUCGAACCUCUCGCAGGGCAGCAUCGGCGACAGAACGUGACUUUGUGGCUUUCGCGAAUCUCGGAAAUUUCGGAGAUUCCGAGGGAUUCGAAGCGUUCAAGGCCCUCGAAGCUCCAAGCUCUACUAGUAUGCACGGCCAUACUUCAAGGUACGGCUACACGGCUUGUAUCGCGCCUCGGAGCAACCGCGUCGUCCGCAGAGCACAGUCCACCAUAGAACGCGGCUCCGCCACAUCCCCUCGCGCUUGCUCCGCCACAUCCCCUCGCGCUUGCUCCCCCAAAAGUCGCUCCGACUCGUUCCGCCCCACGAGUGCCCGCGCCUCUGCUGCUGACAUUGUCAGAAACGGAACCAUCCGUGGCACUUAUGAUGAAGAGGAGGAUACGCAUGACGGAGUCAUGACGGCGCGGUCAGUGCAGCGCGACGGGGCAGCAAGGGGAGUUGCCGUGGAGGAAAAGGGCGGGGCAGCAAGGGAAGUUGCCGUGGAGGAAAAGGGCGGUGCAGCAAGGGGAGUUGCCGUGGAGGAAAAGGGCGGUGCAGCAAGGGGAGUUGCCGUGGAGGAAAAGGGCGGUGCAGCAAGGGGAGUUGCCGUGGAGGAAAAGGGCGGUGCAGCAAGGGGAGUUGCCGUGGAGGAAAAGGGCGGUGCAGCAAGGGGAGUUGCCGUGGAGGAAAAGGGCGGUGCAGCAAGGGGAGUUGCCGUGGAGGAAAAGGGCGGUGCAGCAAGGGGAGUUGCCGUGGAGGAAAAGGGCGGUGCAGCAAGGGGAGUUGCCGCGGGGGAGCAGUCACAUAGGGAAGAGAUCUGUAGCAAGCAAUCACCUAUGGACGCUCCAAGAUUGUCCGCUGGCAGCACCACAACACCAACUGGCCAACACAACCCUUCCCCAUCCAACGUCCCCAGCCCCCCUUCCAUUACCACUCACCCAAGUCAACCCGACUCCGCAACCUCGUCCUCCAAGUCCCCCUCUCCCCUCUGCCAUUGCCAUCCCCCCACUCUCCCCAGUCCCAACCUCCCCAUCUCCCCCCCCUAUCCCCCUUCCGUCGGCCCAUCCAAGCCCCCGCGAUCCCCCACUCAUUCCCCCAAGCUUUCUCUGUGCAACUCCGUCCUCCAAGUUCCCCCAUCCGGGCCUCCUGCUCUUCCCCCAUCCGGGCCUCCUGCUCUUCCCCCAUCCGGGCCUCCUGCUCUUCCCCCAUCCGGGCAUCCUGCUCUUCCCCCAUCCGGGCCUCCUGCUCUUCCCCCAUCCGGGCCUCCUGCUCUUCCCCCAUCCCGGCCCCCAAGCUCUUCCUCCAUCCGGGCCUCCUGCUCUGUUGACAAUCCCGGGGGGGAGCGGCUUGGUGAAGAGGCAGCAGGGAGGGUAGUGGUCCCAAGCUUGAGGGUUGGCUUUAUAGGAGGAAAAGGGGAUAGCCCCAGCCGCCCUUGCUCUGGUUCUGAGGCGCCUCAAGAAGAGAAUCUGCACUCACACCAGAGAAGAGAGGGAGUUGGCGAUGGUGGGCAAAGAGAAGGAGUUGGCAGUGGUGGUGGGCGAAGAGAAGGAGUUGGCAGUGGUGGUGGGCGAAGAGAAGGAGUUGGCAGUGGUGGUGGGCGAAGAGAAGAUGUGCCCCACGGCUAUUCCUCCUCACUGCUCCACCCUCUCUCUGUCCCAGGCAGUCUCAGAGUGGAGCAAGUUGCACACCAGUUGAUGAGAGUGGGGCAAGAUGCGCAGCAGCUGACAGGGAUGCACCAAGAUGGUCAACACUUGGUAAGAAUUGACCAAGGCACACGGCACUUCACAAGGUCGCAGAGUGAUGGGUGCAAUCCCUUAAACGGCACACCGACUGGAAGCCCGGGUGGGCUGUUUGGAGCAAAUGCAAGGUUUGCUGAUAGGUCCGGGUCGGCAGAUGAGGAGUCCUGGAGGGGUGGGCAGGAGGAGGUCUCUUGA